AACACACCCACCAAAAGUCGAGUACCGUUCAGGAAAGCGCUGAAGAACCCGUGGACAUUUUAAGGACACUGAUCAUCGGAGCAAUGUCUUGGGCCAUCUAGCAGAUAGGAUCACUCUUCGGAACGGGAUCGGCCGAAGAAUUCGGGCGAGUUUGUAACGGGCCUCCACAUCCCGGUGAAGAUCCGACUCAGCCCAUUCACAACCCGGAUUCAGUUCCCCUUUUGGGUGCCCCUCCUCUCUUUCUGGCGUCUCAAAUGUGAAGAGGACAUGACGAGCAAACCAAAUUGAGCUCUUUCGAAUCACUCACUUGGAAUCUUCUUUCCUACUUCUUUUGAAUGAGUGGGGCCAUGAAGGGGCCAUGGAGUUGUCCGUAGCAUCAAUGAUGAGUCUGAAGUGAGAAAUUUACUCCCUGCUGUUGCCGCAGCUGGAAGUAAGAAGUCUAGACUUCAUGCUAAUAAUCACAACUGCGGUGAAGAUAUGUGGAUGAGCUCAUCACAUACAGUGCCAAAGUCAAAGGCAUACUGGACACCAGACCUCCAUAAAGUAUUUGUCAACCUCUGUCUGGAGCAGGUUAAUGGGGGGAACAGGCCAGGGACACAUUUUACAAGAGAGGGAUGGAUGAAUAUCAUUGAACUAUUUCAUGAAAGAACAGGAAUUAGUUAUGAUAGGAGGCAGAUGAAGAGCCACUGGGAUGUGAUGAGGGAACAGUGGAAGGUAUGGUGCAAGCUAACUGGUACUGGUUUUAUGAAAUGGGACCGGAGUUCCAACAAGUUUGGAGCUAGUGAAAAAGAGUGGGCUCUGUAUGUCAAGGCAAACCCAGCAGCUGCACAAUUUCAGUUUAAGGAACUCCAGUUUGUAGACAAAUUGGAAAUCAUAUUCGAUGGAACAAUAAGUAAGAAAGAUGCAGGACUUCUCACUCAACGUAGGCAAAAAGGUGGUUCAGUGACCUCACCCUUGCAAACAGAAGGUCAAGCCAGAACAAUGAAGGUGCCCAAAAUUGAGGCUGUACAUGAGCUUUGUAUAAGCAGUGGUUCAGAUGGUGACCUAGAUAAAUUCAGCGAAACAACUGGUAGACAAAACUCGUGCUUGCCGGCUCUCAACCCAAAAGUUAAGUGGACACCUGAUUGUCACAAGAUAUUUGUUGAUCUCUGCAUAGAACAGACAUUGAAGGGUAAUAAACAUAGGAUGUAUCUUACCAAGGAAGGCUGGAGACACGUCAUCAGAUCAUUUAACCCCAAGACUGGUCUUUUGCUUGAUAAGAAGCAAUUGAAGAAUCAUUGGGACGUAACUAAGCAGCAAUGGAGAAUCUGGUGUCAGCUGGUUGGUGAUAGUAGGAUGAAAUGGGAUCCAAAUACCAAGAGAUUUGGUGCGACUGAAGAUGAUUGGAAUGACUAUAUACAGCAAAACCCGGAAUCUGCACAAUUUCGGUAUAAAGAACUUUAUCUCACUGACCAGCUGGAAGUCCUUUUCGGUGGAAGAAGAGACUCCGGAGAGCCAGAACCUCCAAGGAAACAUAGGAGGCUAACCAAUAAUUCAAUCACCUCAACCGUGCAUACCACAGAGCCAGAAAUUGCCAAAUCGGAACUGAGGAAGGAGCACUUGAGUGAUGCCAUUGAAUCGAGGAGCACUGCGACCAUGCGGAGGAACGCUGCCAGUCUUGCGUCAUGCAGAAACAAACUAAAUUAUAGUAUUGGUGAAUGCAUCGAGUGUCUUGAUGAGAUGGAGGAUGUGGAGCAGGGAAGUGACCUAUAUUUGUUUGCAUUGGAGGUCUUCCUGAAGAGGGAAUAUAGGGAAAUCUUCCUACAGCUGAAGAAGCCUGGCGUGCGGAUUGCAUGGUUGCAGCGCCUGCAGUCAGUUGAUCCAUCUAUUGGCUAAGUGCAACCAAACUCUUUCGUGCUUUUUGUUUUGUGAGCAACGACAGGAUCAGCUGUUAGAAGUUCAAUCUGUAGCAAUUGUAGUGAGCCUCUUCAUGUAAAUUGUUCAUAUUGGUCCAAUGUAGACCGAAGGAUAAAGGUCGAUUGGGUUUAGAACUCGUUGAGGGAAUAGGAUUGUGUAAGGAGAUAGCGAUUGAGUUGCUCUCUAGCUUCCAGAAGUAUUACUGAACUAUGGCUUUGUAAGUAUAUAAGACUGGUAGGGCUUAGACAGAGCUUUUAUACUAAACCGUAGUUUCUAAU